GUCAAAAUUUGAUUCACGAAUGUACCACUGAUAUAAUGUUAGCUUUUGUGCACUAGCAUUUGAGAACUGACAUUUUUGCUGGUAAGUCACAAAAUGGACAGCGUAGGCCUUGUUCAAGGAGUGAGUAUAGCGAAUUCAUCAGAUACUACCUGUUUGGGGGAAACUACAAUAUCUUCAUUGUCACCUUACUGCGACAUACCAUCUCCACCGGGUCUCGAUGAAACAUUUUCAUCAUUGUUGACGGCAUGUUCGCCGACUUCAUUAGAUGGUUCUAUAUCAACCCACAGAGACUCCGAGGUGGGUCUAUCUGACACAGAUUCAGGGAUUUCCAUUGAUAUGUUGAUGCCACUUGGGUCUCCUGUCGCCCCUGUCUCAUAUACAGACACUUCGUCUAUAGUAGACUUAUUAGUCUCACCACCCAUCGCAAAACCAACAGCCACUACCUCAAAAGCUGAUGAUGCGAAUUUAAUAAAAUCACUUUUGACAAGGAAACCAAACAAGAUCCAUACAACAGUAAUGGAUAAAAAGGUUCUUGUAAAUAAUUCUGUUAUGAAUUACGAACCUCGAAACAACCUUUCUAAACACCUUUGUUCCUUGCUCAAGAGUAACAGUUCAUCAACAAAGGCAAAUCAACUGACAGAAAGUACAGCUGAAAAAACACCAUUAAUCAAGAAGACUCUGCUGCCACCAUGUAGAGUGUGUGGCGAGAAUGCAUCCGGUUUUCACUAUGGAGUCAACACAUGCGAGGCUUGUAAGGGCUUCUUCAGGCGUAGCUUGCGUCGACCCAUUGGCACUUACCAGUGUGCGGAAGAAGAAAAAUGUGACGUUGAUAGAAAUCGAAGAAAUUCUUGCGCUUAUUGUAGAUUCGAGAAGUGUUUAUCAGCUGGGAUGUCUAAAAGUGCUAUAAAGACCGGACGAUACACACAUGAGAAGAGGGCCCGAGACAUUAUAGAGGUUAGGAGACUCAAGCGUCAAAAUUCCUCAGAAGAUGACUUCACAGUGUCUGAGAAGAAGCUCCAACAGAUGACUGCAACAGAGAAUGAUUUCAACAAAGAUAUGAAUCAUGAAUACGAAGGUGCUAUUCAAAAGAUGAAGAUAGCGACAAUCGAGGGCAGAAAGCUGUAUCUUCAUAACUUGAAAAAAUUUUGGGAAGGACAGAAAACGCACAUGGAUGAUAUAGAACUAAAAAAGCAGUUAUUUGGAGAUAUGCGCACGAUCACCAAAGACGAGUAUAAUGAUAUCUUUGAGAGGACAGGAAUAGACAUAGACGGAAGAAGAGGCUUAGUUUUCACAUACUAUUCAGAUGUAGAGAAACUUAUAAAAUGGUUCGUGAUGUUUGCCAAAUCAGUACCUGGUUUUAAUGAACUUGAAGUGGAAGAUCAAAUGGCCCUUAUCAAAGGAGCUCGUUUCGAAGCAUACUUCUUUCUUGUGUAUCGCUUUAUGAAUCCAGAAAAUCAAUGUUUAUGCGAUCCAAUCAAAGGCAAGAUUGUUCACAUAGACGAGAUUUCUUGUGUUUGGGAACGAGAAUUUUUACUUGCACAAUUUGAUAUGGCGGCAAAAUUUAGCAACAUACAAUUGAGGGAAGAGGAAGACAUUGCUCUACGGGCGCUUGUAUUGUUUUUUCCAGAUCGUUGCGAAAUGACGAACGCUCCUUUGAUUGAAAAGAAGUUCACAUUUCUCGUGGAAGUCCUCCAAUAUUUACUGAAAAAGAACCACCCAAAUGAACCCCAAUUGUUUGCCAAAAUAGUAGGAUAUUUAACAGAGAUGAGGAACCUCACAGAAUGGGAGAUAAAAGUGACAGAUAACAUCAAGAUAGACUGGCCCGAAGCAUUCCCACCAAUGGUGUCCGAGAUUUUAAGUCCAGUAACCUAGACUACCAGACUGACUGUACAAUAUGAGAAUUGUUCCCACAAAUGGUGUUCGAGAUUUAAGUCCAGUAACUUAACCUGUACAAUAUGAACAUUGUUCUCACAAAUGGUGUUCGAGAUAUUAGGUCCAGUAACCCAAACUGUACAAUAUGAACAUUGUUCCCACAAAUGGUGUUCGAGAUUUUAAGUCCAGUAACCUAGACUGUACAAUAUGAGAAUUGUUCACACCAAUUGUGUCCGGGAUUUAACAUCCAGAAACCUAAACUACAAUAUGAGCAUUGUUCCCGCAAAUGGUGUUCGAGAUUUUAAGUCCAGUAACCUGAACUGUACCAGACUGACUGUACAAUAUGAGAAUUUGUUCCCACAAAUGGUGUUCGAGAUUUAAGUCCAGUAAUCUAGACUGUACAAUAUGAGCAUUUUUCUCACCGUUAGAGAAUUUUACUCCUGCCUCCCAAACUGUAUAUAUUAAACUGUAAAAUACGAGAACUGUACAUGUUCUCAAAGGUGUAAGAUAAUUUCACAUCAGUAGAAUAAGUUGUGUACGAGAAUUGUCCUUUCCAAUGGUGUCAGAUAUUUUAGCUUGAUUUUUACCCUGUAAAGAAUACAAUUAUGACUCCCAUUCUGCAUAUGUGGUUGAGAAUACUAGUAAUAAAUAUGAAAAAUGAAAUCGGGUCACUACAAGGAUAGCCAAAGUACAUUGAAACAUUUAUUACUUAUUGUAUCUACAGGGUGUCAAAUAAGUCCCAUCCCCCCUGCUACAGCCAAAACCUUAAUAUAUGGUACCUAGUGUGAUAUACCAUUGGAAAGAUCAUCCAAAGUUAUGUUUACUCACCAAACCUCAAGUAUUUUGG